UUAACGUCCCCUAAAAUGUUCGAAACCGCCAAAAUCUCCUGCAGAUAAAAAAUCAAAUUCCCAACUUCCCCCCAAUUUUUAAAUCCUAGGGGCUUUCCCAACAAUGAAACUACCGAUUCUUCCCCAACUUCAGAGUACACACAGUGCACCCCACAACCCAGUGUCUGAAAAAUUUCAAAACUCCAAAGAAAAUGAAUUAAAAAAUGCUGCCAAAAAUAACAGCCUCACCCCCAUCAACUGAGACCCCCCCAGGGCAUCGAAAUAUAACGAGACAACAAAAAGAUGAUCAAACUCCUGAAAUUCGUCACUCUCCAGAUCAGUAGGAAUGGGAUCGCCGAUAAUAUUCUCUGUAAUCAGAACCCUUAUUUCCCAAGGACAUUCUAUCGCCACGGGAGCUUCAAGGGUGUCCCCGGCAGGCUGAUAAAUCCCAAAGUAGAAGCAGCCCUGCGAAAUGGAGACCAAAUCCCCCCCAGAUUCCAACUGGUCUACAGAAGCAAAUUAACGAAUUACAUCUACUGGUUCUACCCACUUGGAAUGCUGUCGUACGCUCUCGGGGCAUUCGGCUACUACUACUUCAAGUUUCACGUGCAAAAUGUGUCGUACCCAGUGGCAUCAGUAGUGGCUCCAAUCGCCUACAGCACCGCCUCCGAAGUGGAGAUAACGUUCAUAUUCUACCUCUUGAUGAACACGUUGACGCUGUACUUCCUCAGGAGGACUCCCAUGCGGAUCUGGCUAGACAACUCCACGGGGGAGUACAGGAUGGCCCUCAUAGGUACCUUGCCACCCUUCAGGAGGCAGGUCGCCUUCAAGGCUGGGGAAGUCACGAGGAAGCACCUACUUCCGAAGAAUGGGAUCCAGGAGGUGAUGCAUCGGUAUCGAGGAAGGUUUUAUAAUAUCACUUCUGUGGAUUUUACAGCAUCUGGAUACUAUCUUCAGAUGGUUGGGUACAACCCGAAGUUGGACGAUUGAUGUACGCACCCAGAGAAAUGGUUUCUUUGAAUUUAAUAAAGUUUAUUUGAAUUAAA